UUAUAUUUUAGAUUAGAAAGUAGAAUUGAACACCCUGGUACUAAUAAUAAUAGUCGAUCGGGAAUAAAUUGAUGACACAAAAGUUAAAGCAAGAUUCAAUUUAAGUGUUGCAAUUUUAAGCGUGCCGAUGAAAUUGCAUUCUUGUGAAUUAUAUGAAAAGAACGUUAAAUAAUUCUCUGGGGAUUGAAAAACUCAUGAAGAAAAAAGAAGGUAUAAAACGAAUUCAUUCAUACGCGCAGGAUUAGUCACACGUUGCUUUAAUUGACAAAGGACGUCAGUUUUGUGCUUCACAAGAAAAGGGAAUUUCCAAAAGAAGCCUUCAUUACCCUAAAAUAAUGGCUGAUGUUGUAAAAUACGGAAUACAAAUACCAAAUCGAGUUUUCGUCGGUGGUGUAGCCUUUGAUACCAAGGAGGAUGAACUUAGAGAGUUUUUUUCGAAAUAUGGAAAGAUCAAAGAGUGUAAAAUUAUUAAAGAUAAUCAAAGUAUUAGCAGAGGAUUCGCUUUUGUCACGUUUGAAAGCAAACAUGAUGCAAUACAGACUCAACAGCUGGGGACGGUGUUCUUCAAGCAGAAAAAGUUGAAUUUAGGUCCAGCUAUUCGACAGAAGGGAGUUGUAUUCAAUGGAGCGAAAGAGGUUGAAAAUGAACCUGUACUUUCAACUGGCGUAUAUAUACACCCAAGUGGUUAUUCCUAUACUGUAGCACCAAAUGGAGUUUGGUACUUCCACAAUUCUGAUGGAACUCCGCCUUCAGUUACCCCUGGUACACCUCCAAUGGCGUACACAUCAAAUAUAGUACAGAAAACUCAGAAUCAUGCGCGUCGAAGUAGCACUGGUAGCUCUACAUGUGGUUCAGUUUCGCCUUCCACAGUACAAGAUACAUUACCUGUUUUUCAUGGUGCACCACCAACAGAAUUAGCUCCCAUAACUGCUCCUGCACCUCAUAUUUUGCACCCACACACCUCAUAUCAGGGGAGAAGUUACGUGUCAAACCCUCCAACCUAUGGAAGCCCAAAUAUUCAUGUUGCUUUUCAAAAUAUGUCGAUAUCUUCACACAUUCCAUCCCAUGGUGCGCCUACGAAUCAAGUACAUGUUGCUCCUGCUGGUCCAGGGCAUCAUCCAAUGCAUUACACACGGAUGACAGAAAUGUAUGUACCAUACUACCCUCAGGAAGGAAAAGUUGUCACCAGCUGUGACGGGGGCAUGCAGCGGAUGAACGAACAUUAUUUGACUGGAUGUGCUGUACAAAAACCAGAAUACCAUCCAAUGAUACCUUCCACUCUUUCCCAUGCUAAAGGUCCUUAUAUGUAUCCCCCAUAUUGCACUGAUCCCUCUGGUCCUACGUACAUCUAUCCACAUCAUGACCCUGUAAUCAUUAAUGAAAUGCAACCUGGUAUGUACAAGAAAUUUAUUACAAAACCAAUGUAUGUAAAAACUAUUCCUGAAGUAAGCUGUAACCAAGACCAUAAUAAUUCCACUUUAGCUGUGCACUAGCGUUUAAUCGGAUGCCAGUUCUAUUUGGUAAGGCUAAAAUAAAAUACCUAUUUUAAAAUGUCUCUCAAAUUUUAUUUCACCAUUACUGAAGCAGUCGCAUUUUCAUUAUACUUCGUUUCUAAAUAUCAGAUUAGUGUAGUUGAUCCUAAAGAAUCACAGAAAAUUAAUGUUAAAAAUAAAAUUUAGUUUGUUAAGAUUAAAAGAUUUUGUUCAUCAUUUAUACAUUUUUUAUGUUAAAUAAAAAAAUAAAUAUGAUGUACAUAUAUUAUUAAAUAACUUUUAAAAAUUAUAUUUCUCAUGUUGUAGUUUGUAUCUGUCGUAAAGUGACCAGUCUAUUUGUGUUUUUUAAUGUACGUAUUAUUUUACGAACUUUGUAUUUUUAUCUUUAUUUUUAUGAUGCAUGUUUAUUUUUAUUACUGCUUUAUAAUUACACGCUCAAUUUCUCUAAAAUAAUUUCCAUCAUUCCUUCUUUAACCCUCUCCUCUUUCCUCGUCAUUAGUUUCAAAACGUCCCCAAUUUAUUCAAUCACCCUUCUUAUUCCCACAGUUAUACCUUUCUAAUAAAUUAGGAAAUACUGGCGCAGUGUUCACGAUGUUCGUGUUUGUCUUGUUGAGCUCUUAGGUCGCUUAAAUGUAAUGUGUUGUUCAUCCUUAAAAAUGUUAUAAACAACAAAAACCAACUUAUUUAUCCGGCUUCUCCAAAGUUGUUCCAAUCGAAUGAAGGAUAAAUAAUUCUGGUUUUUGGUUCCAUAGUUCUUAAAUUAUUUAAAAAAAACAAGCUUUUAUGCAAUAUAUUAAAAGAAAAUUAUAACGAAAUAUAAAAAUCUUAGUUACGAAAUAUUUUAGAUCAUCUUUUUUAAAGAUAAUCAGUGUGUAUCUUUGCCUAGUUAAAAUUAGGCUAUUGUACAAAAAAAUUGUGUUGUAUGUAUUGCUAUGAGUAAUUUAUAAUGUAAGCUGUAUUUAUGACAGUAAAUUUGUACCGUGUAUAGUGUGUCAAAA